AUGGCCUCCUCCAAGCAGCCGGACCGUCAGUUUGACGACGACGAUGCCGCCAUCGAGGACGAGGAGGCUGACGAGGAGUUUGCCGAGCUCCAGCGCACCAUGAGCUCCAAGCGCCGUGACCACAAGGAGAAGGUGAAGGAGAACCGCAUUCAGGAGAUCCUCCCGUUUCCCUUUGCCCCAAACAUUCGACCUCUUGGCAUCUCUGAUCUGCGGUCUACUGUCGCCCUUGAGAAUGCCGCCUUUUCUAACCCCAAGCACAGGGCCUCUCCUGAGAAGCUUGAGUACCGUCUGACCAAAUGUCCUGAGCUGAGCCUGGGUGUCUUCUGCACUGUCGUCCCCGACCUUGCCAAGGACUUUGACAUCGAGACUCUCGCGACUGCGCACCCUGUCGAGACCGACCGUGCGGACCAGGCCAAGAGCGUCCUGCUGGCGCACAUCAUCGCGACCGCGUCCAAUUCUAGCACCGUCCAGGACAGCGACAUGGAGAUCCCCGCGGGCUGGCAGGCCUCGCAGGCCCAGCGCGUCGAGAAGGGCCACAGGGAGGGCGGACGCACCAUCUGCGUGCACUCGCUGGCCGUGUCGCCCAAGCUGCAGGGAUGCGGCCUCGGCAAGCUUAUCAUGAAGUCGUUCCUCCAGCAGAUGAAGAACCUUGGAUCCGAGCGCGUGGCCCUAAUCUGCCAGGACUACCUUGUUAGCUACUAUGAGCGGUUCGGAUUCAGGCACGCAGGCAAGAGCAAGGCUGAGUUUGGUGGAGGAGGCUGGCAUGAUAUGGUGAUGGAUUUCCCGGGACCCGCUCAGUCAUCCAAGUGA